GUAAGUUUCACGUGUUGUUCUUUUGCACGGCAGGCACGAUUUUUGUUUGAUUUUAUUGAAAACUAUUGACUAAGCAAUGUAAUUUAUUUCUUUGAUAUUUGAAAACAAAAGUUUUUAUUCUUUUUUCUACACCAAAAUAGUAAUAAGAUGAAGUUCAAUUUUAAGUUUCAGAAUUUAUUAGGCACUGUAUACAAAAAAGGUGAUAUUUUAUUCACAAACGAUGGUAACUGUGUAAUAAGUCCGGUGGGCAACAAAAUAACUGUUUAUAAUCUCAAACAAAACAAAAGUAACACCUUGUCGGUGGAGAGCAAUUAUAAUUACACAGCAAUCGAUGUUUCUCCCAAUGGAGCAGUUCUGUUGGCUAUUAACGAAAAGGGUGAAGCUCAGAUGGUUAGUUUGCUCACAUGUGCAGUGAUACACAGGUAUAAAUUUAAACACCAAGUCAAUGCUGUGAAGUUUAGUCCUGAUGGAAAAUAUUUUGCAGCAUGCUGCAGGGAAACAGUUUUUGUUAUGUCAGCCCCAUGUAAAUUCACUGGUGAAUAUCGUUCAUUUGAAAUGAAGAGAGUGUUCAGAAAAGCACAUGAUGAAGUCACAUGUCUGGAUUGGUCCACAUGCUCUAAAGUAUUAGCUGUUGGAUCUAAAGAUACAACCACCAAAAUCUACACAGUUGAUUACUUAGAUAACUUUAAUAUGUACGCUCUUAGUGGGCACACAGAUAAAAUUAUUGGAACAUUCUUUGAAAAGAAGAGCCUGGACCUUAUCACUGUUAGCAGGAACGGACAAGUUUGCAUGUGGGAAGCGAGUAUAGAUUCAGAUGAUUUGGUGGUAUCCGAUGUUCAGAUAUCUCAUAAGAAAAGAAGAAAAGUAAUGAAGGAAGACGACAGUGAUGAUGAUAUUAAUGAAAAGGAUGUGAUCGAGAAAGAUAAAGAACAAGAAGGCAGCGAUGAUAAUGAAGACAACACAGAAAUGAAGGUUGAAGACGAGAAACGUCUUCAUUAUAAGAAACUGGGCCGACAUUACAUCGGCGACGCCAUCAGAAACGCGGACCGCAAGGUGAAGCUCACGGCCGCACAGUACCACAAGGAUACCAAGAUGUUGGUCACGGGCUUCUCCAACGGCACGUUCUUCCUGCACGAGCUCCCCGACGUCAAUCUGGUUCACUCGCUGAACGUGUCCGAGCACCGCAUCGGCAGCGCGGCGCUCUCCCCGCACGGAGACUGGCUGGCGCUGGCCUGCCCGCAUAUAGGGCAGCUGCUGGUGUGGGAGUGGCAAAGCGAACAGUACGUGAUGAAACAGCAAGGUCACACAUUCGACAUGACCUGUCUCGCGUAUUCACCCGAUGGGUUGUACAUAGUGACAGGUGGAUACGAUGGCAAAGUCAAAGUUUGGAAUACGAGCACCGGGUUUUGUUUCGUGACCUUCGUGGAGCAUAAGUCUACGGUCACCGGAAUCACGUUCAGCGCCAAUAAGAAGUUCUUCGUGUCUUCUUCGCUAGACGGGACUGUGCGGUGUUAUGAUUUAACUAGGUACCGCAACUUCAGAACUAUGACGUCCCCAAGCUUGGUGCAGUUCAGUUGCGUAGCUUUGGACAGUAGCAGCGAAUUAUGUGCCGCGGGAGGGCAAGACGUAUUCGAUAUUUACAUAUGGAGCGUUAAAUUCGGAAAACUGUUGGAGGUUUUAGGUGGCCAUGAAGCACCCGUCUCUUGCUUAGCAUUCAGCCCAUCAUUGGCUAGUUCCAAACUAGCGUCCGCCAGUUGGGACAAAACUGUUAGACUAUGGGAUUCCAUAGAAACCACCACUGAAUCUGAGACCAUUCAGCUCACUUCUGACGCUUUGCAAGUCGUUUUCAGACCCGACGGGAACGAGAUAGCCGUGUCAACGCUGGACGGGAACAUAACCAUGUUCAACCCUACGACUAGCGAACAGACUGCCAGCAUCGAAGGCCGAAACGACCUUGGCUCGGGUCGAGCUGAUACCGACCUGAUAACCCCGGAGAAGAUGUUGAAGACUAAAGCGUUCACCUCCAUAUGCUACUCUGCAGACGGGACUUGCAUAUUAGGCGGAGGAAACUCUAAACAUGUGUGUCUCUACAGCAUCAGGGAAGCCAUACUGAUCCGGAAGUUCGUCAUAACCCAGAACCAAUCGCUGGACGCUGUCAAUGAUUUCAUAAACCGCCGCUUGUUGACCGAGUUCGGCAAUAUGGCGCUAGUUGAAGAGAGGACGGAGCUAGAGGGCGCUGACGUCAACAUCCGCCUGCCCGGAGUGAAGCACGGAGAUAUGGCAGACAGGAACGUUAAACCGGAAGUUCGAGUCCACUGCGUGAGGUUUUCCCCGACAGGCGAGACUUUCGCCGUCGCUGCUACUGAAGGAUUACUGCUGUACAGUCAGAACGCCGGCAUCGAUGGAACUUUUAGGCCGUACCGCUUAGAAUCUGGUUCCACGCCGUACGCAAUGAGACAAUUACUGGAGGAAAAAUCCUGGGGGCCAGCGUUAGUGGGUAGUUUGCAGCUCAAUGAACUAACUCUAAUACAGGAGUGCGUGGAAACCAUUCCGUAUAAUGACAUCACUGCUGGUGUCAUCGGUUGUAAAACACAAUAAUUAAUAUGUGGCGGCGACAUCUAUAUGCCCCACAUAUAGACAACGGAUGGAGGAAAUCAUUACUCACCAUCCUCAAGAGAUGGCGUUACCUGCACUGCGAUCAAUAAUAGUAUGGAAGCCUACAUCGCGCAAAUGAAAUUCGGUACGAUGCCCGACCAACAUCAGUCGAGCCGCGGCCCCCGAGCUAACAUCACCCAGCUCGGAGGAAGAUUUUCCCCUUUGGCCUUCCUACACUUUGGCCUUCCUACAAAUAUAUUGGUAGCUUGUAGUUUUUUACAAAAUUGAAGAAAAUGUCAUAUAUAUAUCUUCGGCACGGGUCUCCUUCAGAGGAAUGAUUGUCAAAAAAUCCCUCUUAGCCAACAUGUCAUUGUCAUACCAUCCGAAUAAAAAUACACAGCUGGGCAGUGUCUGUCAUAUCGGUGUUUAUCUGCCAUGUCCUGACUCAUAACUUCAAUACGCCUUGUGACAGUCAGACGAGAUAACUGAAGUUCUCUAAUAGCAGACAUGAUUUCUGUUUUAUUUUUAAAAUCUCCAAAUAAAGUCUCACCCGCUUCAAUAAAUGCUUCCUUCACAACUGAUCCAUCUUCUAAUGGUUUCUUGUGUUUUUUGCCAAUAUAUGAGAUAUUUUAAAUGACGCGAUCGUAGCAGCUUUUGAUUGUUUGGCUGGUCUUGUGAACAUGGUUUAUUCUUUUUUCAAACAAGAUAUCAAAUCACCUACUUUUCGUUUUCUUAAUUCACUCUGUGGCGGAAUAGUUAUUUGUUCAACUAGAGAGGAAAGUUGGUUUUCCAAGCGAGUGCUAAUUUGAAAAUCCUGAGCAUCGCGAGGGAUUCCAAGGUACGAGAUGGAAAUAGCUUUUCUCUCGCGUGACACAUACAACUUUUCACCUUAGCAGCGAGAACAUUAUUACAGAUAAAAAGAUACAAUAUGAAUAAAAAUGAAACCACAUAUAUUUGCAAACAAUAAGUAUCUACUAAAAUUUAAAAUUGCAGUUAUUAAAAGUUAUAUUUUGAAAAUUUAUAGUUUUAUUAGGAAGUGAUACCGUGGAGUUUGCGAUUUGAGUUUGACUCGAGUUCGUUUCUAUUUCUUUAUUGGACUGUGACGAGACAAUACUAUUAGUAAACGUUGGCGACUCGGUGCGGCUUCUUACCGAAUUUUCAAUGAUAUUUGUGUUUUUGGAAGUAGAGGGGCGCGGGUGUGCAUAAGGAUCAGGUCUGUUACUCUUUCACGCCAAAACUACCAAACGGAUUUGAAUGAAAUUUGGUAUACAGAUGGUCUAGACCCUGAGAAAGGACAUAGGCUACUUUUUAUUGCGAAAAGGGGGUUGUAAGGGGUUAAAAGGGGGGGUGAAAAGUUGUAUGGGAUUGGGAACUAUGAAGCCCAACUUUUUGUAUACAAAAUCUUAACCACUGAACCUAGAUUUCUUCUAGAGAUUCUAAAUAUCAUGUUGAUAUUUAGAAUCUUUGGGUGUACCAAGUUAAAAAAAAAUUUGGCUUUUGAAGUUAAAGUUCCUUUUAACGAAUACUCUGCAUCGCCGCCGCUGCCGUCAGUUGUCGGUCGUCGUCGCGCACAUUCGCCGAAGUGUGGUGGCAGGCAACGGCGCUGUCGUGUGGUGGGGGAGCGCACGAAUCUAACUAUGCCUACCCGAACGGGCAGAUCAGGGGGGGGGGGGCAACUCCGGUAUGUAUGCCAUUAGCUCAAAAAAGCUAGUGCCAUCUAGUUAGCUUGUUCCUUGCUAUUUAUAAACCCUGCACAUUUUUGUAGUUCAAUUAUUAUUGGUAGAUGGUACUGCUUGUGCGUCAAAAUACCCUUUUUUUGGGCUGCCAGCCCCUCUAGCAUGACCACCGAAACGGGAUAUGUUAAAGCGAUAUAUCGGCUAGUCAGACUACUGUCAAACUCACUGUAGUCUGAC